AGUCGCGCUCGGCACGGCAAACGAUCGACGACAAUCGACGACGGCAGAUAGCUAACGACAACGCAUGGACGCGACGGUUUACCGUGCGCGAUUUUCAUUCAAUUUUCAACUCAAUCGAGUUCUAAAUACUCUGCAGCAGCAGCAACAACAAAUACAACAAAACGAAAAACCUUAAAGCAAACGACACCGGGUGCCACGCCGAAGGCCGGUUUCCAAAAAUAGUUGACGAGCAGCAGCGGCAGCGACAACAAUUGCCUGAUAAAAUUAUACACCCAAAAAACUGAAGUAAAAACCGAGUCAAGCGAGUCAGGCCACAAAAUGGAAUCGAACAGCAGCGGCAAGCGCAGCAAAAAAGGACGCAAAGCGCGCCACACAGCAUCCACACAACAUCAUCCGUGGGACGAAGGCGGCACAACACCAGCAGCAGCAGCAGCAGCAACAUCUGUGGCAACAGCAGCCACAUCUGCAGCAACAAUAAAUCGCAUUGCGUGCACUGGCACCGCGUUGACACGUUUUCUGGUUUGCAUGGCACCUGUACUUGUGUCGCUACCUGGCGCUGGAACUGGCCCGAGUGAGCAGCCAACCAUUUUGCUGAUCAACGGCAUCAGCGACGACGCUCAGCUGCAAGAGAAACAGAAACAGAAACAGAGCAAGGCGGAACUGAAGCUAGCCCUUGAGAAUAACAACGAACCGGUUGGCGGUUUCAGUCAGCCCACACAAGUGCCCACUACGCCGGGCGGUUCGCAUUUGCUGGACUUUGAAUCUCAUCUGAUCGAGGACGUGAACGCAGAGCAGAGCGGCGUUGGCAUCAACGAAUUGCCGCCCAUCGAGCAGGAGCUGCAGAAGGGCACAUCGAAGAUCGACGCUGACGGAGCCUCACAUGUGUUUGAGGUGGAGCCAGCGGGCGCCAAGACAAAGCAGCCAAUAGAAACUCUCGCACCGUCGCAUCAAAUUGCCGAGGUAGACGAGACGGCAACGGCAACAGCAGCUGCAGCAACGGAAGCAUCGGAAGUAUCGGAGGCAGUGCGUCAGACUGCCGAGCAGCUGGUAAAUGAUAUCGAACGCGAGCUAAUUGAGAGCUUCAGCAAAGAUGUAGCACAGGCCAAGGCGGAGCAGGAAAAGCAGCUCAAAUCAGAGCUAACCGCAGUGAAUUCGCUGUCACAGCAGGUGGAUGCCCAACUGAAUGAGCUGACCAGCAUACUCAAGACCAAGCUACAGCCAAAGAUUGUCUUGGACCAAACUGGAGCGGAGGAACGAAACUCAACGAAAAUCGCUGCCAACGAGCUGAAGCUUGUCGAAGUGCCAACACCCAAAUCCGAGGCAGAGGAACAGCAACGCAAGGAGUUCAUCGAUUCUCUGCCACAAAUCGAACAGGAUCGCCUGGGCACUCACACGGAUGCGGAGGCCAAGCGUCUGUCCGCCGACUGCAAGCGAGAGUAUUACCAAUCGCUCAAGAAGUAUCUGUUGCAGAACAGCCAAGACAAGCCACCUGUGCCGCUUCAAACCUAUCGCUGGGAGGAUCUCCGGCGAGCUAGAGAGCGGGGCGGCUAUCCUUGGACACAUCUCUACAAGCGUCCCUUGGGACCCGACGAGGAGCCGGAGAUUGUUUUGCUACUGCGCAAGUCGCAGGAGCUGCGCUUCAAGUCCGAAUCACCCAAGUCGCUGAAGAAGGUGCGCUACGACGAGCAGGUAUUGGUUAAGGAAACAGAGCGCUACAUACAGGAUCUGUCGGAAGACGAGGUCGUAGGCCACACAGACGACGACGACAGCAGCGAGGAGUCAGAAGAUUCCGACGAUUCAGAGCGCGAGACCCACAACGAGGACACACUUAGUGAGUGCAUUUCGUGUGUCUCCGAUUCGGUGCUCGCAGUUGGAGGUCACGCGAGACCAAGGAAAACGAAUCGAUUGGCGCAAAUACGUGACAUCAUCAAGCGCAGGCGCAGCGGACGCACUCAGGCCGACGCUCAGUCGCUGCCCGGCAGCUCGGCCAACCCUAGCAGACAGGGAAGUCUGCACGAACUAGCGCCACCACCCGGAUCGUUAGUUCCGAAUACAGACAAGCCACCCAAGAAGCAGCAGAAGCCCAAGAAAAGCUUCGACAUUAUGAAGAAGCUCAAGAGCUUGGCGGAGCGCCAAAAGAAGCGCUUGAAUAUCAAGCGCAUCACGCUCAAGAAGGACGAGAAAAUUGUCCUCGGUGAGCAGCAAAAGAUUAUGAAGCUAAAAGCCUCACCAAAGUCGACCCGCGGCGAGAUACCGCACUUCAUAGAGAAGCAGGACUCAGAUGAUAUUCUCGAGCUGGUGGAGUACGAUGAAUCACCCUGCAGAAAGAGAACCAAAGAGGAGGAGCUGCAGGAUGAGCUGCCCAGCACUAGUGCAGCUAGCGUCCCACAGCCGGAUGAGAUCAUUGAGCUGCCCGUGGAGCAGACCAAGACUGAAGCGCCAGCUCUGGAAGUCAGCGAGCCAGCACCAGAAGCUAUUGAGGAGCCCAUCGAGCUGGAGGCGGAGACGCCACCUAAGAAAACGCCACGUCUGCGUCGCGAGCACGUUUACGAGGAGAUUGGCCAGGCUGAGUCACAGCUGCCGCUGGAACAGCCCUUCGUGGAGCUCGAUACUCUUAAGAAAUCGCUAACGCGUCAAGAUAAUCUGGCUGCAGAUGACAUUGAGGCAGCUAAGCCUGUGCCCCUAGAUCGCAUGGGCAGCAGCGAGGAGGAUCAGGUGGCCGUGGCUGCUGCUGAGAGAUCUGUGGGUCUUCUAGCGCCAAUCUCAUCGAUAGACUCCACGUCCUCGGACGAAGAGCGUGCGCGACUCGCACAGCUGUCGCCCGUAGUUGAGGAGAGCGAUGAGCCCUCGGAGAUUAGCGAAUUGCGACCCGUACUGAAGAAGGAAGCCUCGCCGGCGCCAUCGGACAAGAAGGUGACCUUCUCCCACGUCGAAGAUGAGGCCGAACCGCACCGUGAGGACAUCGAACUGCCCGAAGACGUGCUGGAAGCGGCCACAACGGCGGCCAAAUUAAAGAGCGAUAGUGAUCAUGAAUAUGAGCCCGUGGGCGUGUCGCCGGCGCGAGAGAUUGAAGUUUUGCCAGCAGCUACGCCGGCGCCCGCCCUAAACGGCAGCAGCCUCCAGAUACCCAUGGAUGUUGACAUUGAACUGAGCUCAGCUGGAACUACGCCACGCACCGAAUCUCGCACGGACUACGAGAUACAUACUAGUCAAGUGGAUUCGAGCGCUUUAGAGGAGCUGCCACUGCAGCCGGAGAAUCGCAAGAAGAGUUUCAUGGCAUCCGCCCAAGAUCGCACGCGCAAGAUGCAGGAUGGUCUACGCAACCAGGCGGGCAAGUUGCGCACUAAGCUGCGCACACAGCCCAAGCCGAAACCCGUUUCGGGCAGUCCCAAGGCCAAGGCCAAGGAGCGCAGACGAUUUGCGUCUGAGUUCUCUAAGAUUAAAAUGCCCGAAAUCAAGCGGCCCGACAUGUCCAAGCUGAAGGAGAUCAAGCGACCGGAGUUCACCAAGUUUAACAAGCCGGAUAUGUCCAAGUUUAAGUUGCCCGAGAAAUUCUCCACGCUCAAGCUGCGACGCAGCAAGAGCUUUAAGGAAAAUGAGUCCGAGUUGCCCACCGAGUCCACGGAGUCGCCAGCCACAACGGCUGACGCGCCGCCUGCGCCUGCAAAGAAGAAGUUCGAAUUCAACUUCGGCACCUAUCCACGCGCCUUUCGCAAGAAGAAGCCCGCCGAUGAGACGCCACCACCCAUGGAAUCCUCGCUGGGCACGGACCGCCUUAGCGUCAGUGUUAUACCCAGCACCGAGACACAGCCGUCGCAGACCUCCACAAGCUCGCCGCAGGGCGAUCGUGGACCAGGUCCGGUUCGCUCCCGUUGGGCAGAUAAAUUCUCCGAUGUGAGUUAUAACGACAGCGAGGGCUCACGCUACAGACGCUAUGGCAGCGAGUUAGAGAGCUUUGACAGGGAAUCCUCGCUGGAGCGACGCAUGAAGGAGGAUUUGGAGGGCGAUACGGCUAGCGAGGCGCAGCCACAGCCCGAAAUGGGCAUCCUUGGGGCCGUCACGGACAGCAAACAGUUUGCCGAGUUUGAUGAGGAGAAUCGUGCCAUACACGAGAUCUCCAGCCAGCGGACCAGAGAGUUCAAGCGCCGACCUAUGGUGCAUCAGGACUCGGACCUGCGGUCCGAGGAUAGUCACGAUGCGGAGGGCUGGACAGAGAAGGAUAUACAAAAGAACAAGCUGCUGCGCAAGGCAGAAAUGGAUGCCGAGGCCAGCUACUACAAAUACCAUGAGAUGCAGGAUGCCCAGUCGACUGCCAGCUCCGGCAAGAAGGUCGUCAUGGAGCAGAUCGACGAUGACGAGUUCUUUUUGCGCAAACGCGGCAUCUCCGAGGACAACAUCCAGCUGCGUCAAUACAUAAGCGAUGCCAUACGUGAGGGCUACGAUCCGCCCAAUGCAUUGCAGCACGUAGGCCACUCUGCACAGCAGCAGGAGCGAGCGAGGACCGAGGAUUACGGCGAUUACGAUGUACCGCCGCCUAAGCCGCGUCGUCUGCAUCGCCAUUACCGCCCCGAUUUCGACGACUCGCAGGAGUUCCAGCGCAGCGACUAUGGCGACGAUCUGUCCAUGUCACAAAAUGGCAGCGACUUCCUGCCCAAGCGUCCGUUGCGCAAGGCACGCAGUCGCAGCAAAUACUCCAUGGAGGGCAGCCAGGACAUACCGAUGGCCGAUGGCGGCAGCAGCAUACAGUACUUCGACGACGACGAGGAUUACCUUAGACCGCCCAUGCGCGAACAGGCCACUGAAUCGGAGCAGGCUCUAAACAAUCUCAACUAUGCUGGCCAGGAGCAGCCAACUCAACAGACUCGUCCAGAGGCACCCAGACGGCAAAAGAAACGCACACGCGACGAUGGAUCUGUGGAGAAGGACGCGGAUUCGUUUAUCAAUGGCUUUGGUGGUAGAUCAGUAUCGAACACCUUUUUGCAGCCACACGAAGAUGUAAUUGUUUAUCGCACUGAGCACGAAUAUCAGCAUCACAUACCGCUAGCCACGCCCGACACCUUUACGGACGGCACCUCGGCGCGCACUCAGCGCUCCGAGGAUGAGCGCACCUCGCGUGGCGCCGAAUCGUUGAUCCUGGAUGUGCACACCAAGCCGGAGCUGCUCAAUAAAGAUGCAGCGCCCAGAAUUGAAAGCGAGGAGAAGUUCGUCAUCGACAUGCUGGAGAGCGAUGGCUAUGCCGUGGUGCGCAAGGAACCAGUGCCAAAGCCGACGCCCCCAGCGCGUCGCAAGAAGUUCGCGCGCUCGCCCGGCGAACGUUUUGCCACCCUGCCGAGCAUACGUGGCUCGCGCGGCUCUCCGCCACCGGCCCGGCCGCCACCGCCGCAGCAGUAUAUACCCAGUGAGGACUCGCCAUUGCCGCCGCGACGCCGAUCGGCUGCCAGCCUGGAGGAGCUGACCAGCGGCCUGCUGCUCAAGUCAAACUACGCGACCUUGCCGUCCGUACAGCCGGCUCGGGAGCAACAGCAGCCGCAACUGUUGGAGGAGGAGGAUGAUUACGAAGAGCCGGGUGCACUUCUGCGACCCGAAUCCCCACGUUCGAAUCUGCAGUCCGGCGAGGUCAUCAACAAAAUGAAGUUCCGACCACUGCCACCACCGCCACGCCCACCGCGCGAAAAGCGCUCAACGAGGGGCGGCAGCGCAUUGGAGUACGAGGACAGCGAGCGCGUGGCCAGCUCCUCCACGGCCGAUAGCACCGAGCAGGGUGAAUUCGAGGUGGAGGUGUCCACACAAACGGAUCCAUUGCCAGAUGAUUUUGUGUGCGAAGAGUUUGAGAUUACGGAGGAUAUGAAAAUCAUAGAGCCACGCCGCUCUCUAGGUGGCAAGACUACGCUGGAGGAUUUGCUGCGCAGCACACAUGCCCAGGAGCCGGACGAGGUGGAUGGCGGACAAGUGCUCACCGAGGAUGAGCAGCUAGCCAAGGGAUUGCAACGUUUCCGAGAUGCCAAUCAACGCAGUUUGUCAGAACGCUCACGUGCAUCUUCACAAGCGGAUCGCUCCAAGUCUCUGAGUCGUCCACAGACGCCUUCCUCAGCAGUAAUCAUAGAGCGACGCGUGCCCACACCCAGCAUCGAAGGCGAUGGCACGGUGCAGGCGUCUCUGAUUGUGCGACCCAUCAGCGCUGCAGAUCUAGAGGAUGAGGAGCUGCGCCGCGAGGAGGAGGAGCUGAGGCGUGAAGGACUGCUCUCCGAUAGCUCGGUACAAAGCAAAUCUGACGUGGAAACAGCCGGUGAGGAGGAUGAUCAUGGCGAGGCAGUUCUUAGCGAUUAUGCAGCCAGCUCAGCCGAUUUGGAUGCAGCUGUGGAGCAGCUACAGCAGGCGCAGCUCGAGAGUGAUUACGACAGCAAGCUGGAGGAUGAUGAAGUGGAGCGUACGCUACGAGAGAGUGAGUAUGAUGAAGAGGAUGAGGAGAAGUACUCGGACCACUUCGACGAGGAAGAAGGUUCCCAACAGAAAGGGGAAACCACAGACCAGGAACUGGACGAAGCCCUCGAAAAGGAGCUGCAAGAGGAAAUGGAAAAGAUGCUGGCAGUGUACAGACAAGCUGAGAUUGCAGAGUCAAGAGCAAAGGCACUCGCCGACGAGCAACCCACAUCCGAAGAGGAGCAUGUGCUCUCAGAAGAAGAGCGUAUAUUAUCUGAUACAGAACAGGUGCUAUCCGAGGUCGAAGCAGCAGCAUCGGAAGUUGAAACUGUAUUAUCCGAAGCAGAACAAACGCUAUCCGAAGUGGAGCCUGAGGAACACUCUCAAGUCGAACAAAUAACAGUGGAAGAAGCACCCGUUAGGAAAACCAUUGCACAUGAGCCCACUGAAGCAGAAGUCGAUGCCAAAUUCGUAGCCACCUUACCCACCGAACCUGCUACCGACUACAGGCAAGAGCUGCCAGUGGAGGAAGCGGAGCCAGUGGCAAUGCCCUUGCCGCCACCACGUCGUAAAUCCACGACACUAGUUGAGCCGACGGCUACUUCAAUAUUGACUAUUGCCGAGCAGGUGGUGCGCGAGUUGACGCCCAUUCAGGCGUUGCAGUCCUCGCCACCAAUACAGCUGCCCAGCCAUAUGCAGGAGCUGGAGGUGGACCGCCUGCGUGUGCAUGCGCUGCAAGCUGGACAGAUUCAAGUGUCGCAGCUGCAUGGCGGUCAGGUAAGCGCCGAUGAGCUGGCUUGCAAAUCGGGCCAGCUGGUGGUGCAGAACAUAAAUCUGCCACCAGGUUUCAUUGAUGACAUUGUGGAGCGCGUCAAGGAGCAGCGUCCAUUGUUGCUGACCAGCGAAACACAGACGAGCCGUCAGCCCAGCAGUGAACCCGCCGCUAGCGACGUGGAGCCACCCACCAAGCCGCCACGCCAAGGCAAGGUUAACGAGUCAACGACUGCAACCACCCAGAGCAAUCUUGAUGAGCAGACUCAAACUGAAGCUGCCAUGCUUCCAUUGUCACCACCACCAGCUGUGUAUCCCAGCGUCGAGUAUUUGCAAUCACUGGCUCCAUUGGCCUUCUACAAUUUGCAACGCAGUGCUGAAGCGGAGCAGGCAGAGGCAGCUGCUGCUUCUGGCAGCUCGGAGCGCAAGGCGCCGCACAAAUGUCGACGUCGCCAUGUUCCGGAACAGCAGCAAGAACGCGACUCCGAUUCUGAGCUGGAGGAACAGCUAGUUGAGAGGCCUCGGUCUCGUUCGCGUUCGCGUCGCUCGCGCACGCGCAGCGCCACACAGACACUGGAGGACUUCGAAGAUGACCAGCCCAAGACAGUGGUGCAGGCGGGCCGACAGUUCCUUUCUGUUUGCAGCUUAGAGCUGAUUAACAUAAUCAAUCAUCUGACCCACUUUGUGCGUGGAGAUGUUGAGCCAGUGCAACAGCCCAGAAAUAUAUCUUCGCUGAUGGUGCUCUUCAUAUUGAUCACCUUUGCUGUGAUCGUGUUUCUGCUGACGGGUCGCCAGGUGCACACACAUCACUGGGAUUACUUCAAUCCGCCGGGCAACGAGGGCAGGCAAACGUGAAACCUAAAGAGCUCCCCAAAUUUUGGACAUUUUGUGGCUUGGACUUUGUAUGCCAAAUGAUACUUGGGCAAUUUUUGCAUUUUGGAGCAUGAAACGAAUUUAGAAAGCGUCGGGCAAAACCCGAACGCUCGAAACCAAAGGCCUUAACAUUAAUGAUAUAUACUACAUACUAACACAAAAUACUUUAGGAAGGAUGCAAAGUGAGAGGCGUUGCCUGUGCUACUCUAGUCGCAGCUUAACAACUAAU